AUGUUUAUACGAAGCCAAAUGGCUUCAGGUUGGGAUAACCAUGGAUACUUCUCCGCGGCUGCAUUGUCAUCAAUGAUGUCCGUUGAUCCAAAAAAGGAAAACAAGUACAAUGUUGUAAUUACAGGUGAUUGUCUGAUUGGAAUGCAUAAUAGCGUGGGUAUAAAAUUCGUGGAUUGGUUACUCUCGAAACACGUUUUGAUGUCUGGUUAUGAUGAUGACGUACGUUUUGCAGGUGAAAUUUGGAUGGAACAUCGAAACGAAGGUCUUGUUCUUCAUGUGUCGAACAACUCAGGCACUUAUCUACCAACAGAUGAGCAGCUCACUGCCACAGGCCAGUAUGUUGCUGCCGCAUUACCAGGGCUACGAGUGGAACUUCAUCCAAAUCCAGCCAAAGCAGACUCAUUAGUUUUGGAUCCGAAUCGGGAUCAGGAUACGUUUUUUACAUUCAAACGCAUACUUUUACUGGCGUUGGGGCUCAUGCUCGGGCUCGGCUUUUUAUUAUUCGUACCCUCUAAAGUUAAUUAA